AAGUUCCUACGCAAAUAUACUUGUCGCAUAGUCGUCACUAUGAGCUUAAAUAAGGAUUUCCCGUAUCUCCCUCUCACGGCUCUGUCGCAAACCCGAGUUAUUUUACUCACCCCAGGGACGAGCAAUGAUCCCAUCCACUGCUUCCAGCUGGUCAUCGAUCUAGACCACGACUUGACAUCAUCCGAUGGAGCAUGCCAUGUUCAGCCAUGUUCAGGUGAAGAACCACCCUUGACCCAGAGAUCACGUCUGCAACAUGGGGAGUCCGACUCAGACCUCGAAAUUCCGGGCCUUCUAAUGCAAUCAGCUAGUCGCAGUACUUUGCACCUAUUCCAAGGAUACACAGCGCUAUCCUAUAUAUGGGGCGACCAGCAAAACCCGCAUGAGAUCUUCAUUGACGGCAAACCAUUUCACGUCGGAGAAAAUCUUUAUAUUGCUCUACUACGGUUACGAAAACCAAUUGAUGUUUUCGGGAUUGGCACUACUGCUCCAAAAGACUUCCACAACCAAAGUCUUAAUGUGAUACAGCAACAUAUGUCAUCAGAAAGUCGCUUUCUUUGGGUUGAUGCAAUCUGCAUCAACCAGAAUGAUGUUGCUGAGCGAGAAGCUCAAGUUAAGCUCAUGGCUCACAUUUAUCAAAAGGCAGAUCAUGUGCAUGGAGACCUCGGCCAGAAAGAAAUGACUGGGGGCUUUGAGCUGCUACAUCUUAUGCAAAAGAUAAUGGGAGCGGGCAGCCGUUGCCAAUCCCAGCUAUCUCCCUCAGAAGAAUCCUAUCAGGAAGAGGGGCAUACAAACCCUGACGCCAGAACCAACAUUAUGUCUGCCUUGGAGUCAGAAUUUGGGAAUUACCAAGCUGGGAAGACUGGAAAUGUCCGUGAAGUCAGGCUGCCAAGUCCUUCAGUCAAAGUCCUCGAGGAACAAGGCAUUCCAAGAGAAGAUGACGAGGUAUGGGCACAUUGGAGGCAAUUCCUUAACUCGACAUAUUUUCAGCGCCUUUGGAUCGUUCAAGAGGCCUCACUGGCAAGCUCGAUCACUCUAUGGUACUCGAAUGUGAGCAUCGAGCUUGAAAUGGUCGGCCAGUGUCUACAGUACUUGAGAAAGUAUAGCACUAACUCAACUCUCUACUCCGUGGCGAAAGAUGAUUACCGUUCGUCAUUAAGUACAUCACCUGCCAUUUGGGCAGUGAUCGGGCUGAUCCAUCAGCGAAACCAAAUGCGUGGGGCAAACGGCCGUCUGACUAAACAAGUUCCUCUGAUUCAUAUGUUGGAUCUUGCCCGUCGCACAAAGGCAACUGAUCUUCGUGACAAGAUUUUUGGGCUUCUGGGCAUGGCAGCCGAUGGCUCAGAUUUCCUUCAUCUUGUAACAUAUUCCCAAAACGUUGAAGAAGUUUACCAGGAUUUUGCCAAAUUCUUCAUUGAACGAGGUCAGGGAAUAUCAAUGCUCUAUCAAGUCGAUAGCAGAGUAUCAAAAACAUUGGAUAUUCCUUCUUGGGUUCCUGAUUGGUCGCGUGAUAGAGAUGAAUCAUCUCUGUACGACGCAAUGCCGGCUCUAUCUAGCGCUCUUGAUGAGCAAAAAGCGCUUGAGAUACGGUUGUCUGGUUCGGAACUGGCAAUCACGGGCCACGUAGUUGACACCAUUAAGUGCCUAAGCACACCGAUAUCUAGCAACCUUACAUGGGGAUCAUUCUCCGAAAUAGCUGCCUUCCUAUGGGAGGGCGGCAACCUCUUGAUAAAGCAAAACAUCGAAGGGGACCAGGCGGUGGAAAUCAUGCUCCAUACCCUCAGUUGUGGCUCUCUAAAUGCCAAGCCAGCCGCCAAGGUGGAAAGCCUUCGCCAAGGCUUUGCUGCAGUAUUUGGGCAUGGAACGUUCCUUAUAAAUGGAGGAAACUCUGAUGACUCACCGUGGCUACCACAUAUGCGCCAUUUCUUGGUCAAAGGUAUGGCACUUGCGCCCGGCCGCCGAUGGUGCAUUACAAAAAAAGGGAAGUUUGGUCUUGUGCCAGGAGGCACCAAAACAGGUGAUCGCGUUGCACUCUUUGGUAGCUACUCACUGCCUUUUAUCCUUCGAGAUCAUUCAACUGAAGGUAGUAUAUCGGGUCAAUACAUGGACAGUACUGUUCACCAACGUGUGACGGCUAAUUUACGCUCGAAACUCAAUACCAUAAAGGCUAGAUGGCUACCAGGGGCUUCCGCAGAUACUAAUACUGCUUUUACCUUGGUUGGUCAUGGAUAUAUUUACGAGCUAAAGACUAAAGAAAAGAAAAAUGGCAAGGAGCGAGAGAUCAUCCUAGUAUAGAAAGGCUUGCCUAUAAAUUCUUAAUUUACGUUUAUAUAA